AUGCAGCCUUUUGCCCAGGCAUUGGACAUCCUGCAAGCUGAAGACAAAGCUUACAUGGGUUACCUCCUUCCCGUACUGUACAUGCUGCAAGACAAGCUAAAAAAGAAACGAGAUGAAAUGGAUACUUGCGCUCCUCUAAUUGAUGCAUUGCAAGCCGGAAUUACUCGUCGCUUUUCAGCAGUAAUGCAGGAACCAGAAAUGGUCGCUGCUGCUAUUCUCCAUCCUAAAUUCCGAAAAACGUGGACAAACGACACAACUGUUUUGGAGAAAGGUAAUUAAUAUUUUUAUUGCAUACAAAUCUUCCUCGGAAAUGAGACCGUAAAUUUCCUUGUCUAUUUUAAUUUUAGGCAUGGUGUACAUAAAGAGGAAAUUAACCGAAAUAGAAUCUACGGAACGCACUACGUCAGUAGAGUCAGCUGGUAGUGCGUCGGAUGAAGGGGAUGACGAUGCUUUCUUUUUCCCAGAAAAGAAGCAAUCAUCUUCUGGUCGUUCUGGACUACUACAGCUGGAGGAAUACUUGUCUAGUCAGUCAACCGAGACAUCUUCCAUUACCACGUGGCCUCUCUUAAAAGAUCUUUUCAUCAAAACAAACACAGCUCUGCCUGCUAGUGCAGCGUGUGAGCGUUUGUUCAGUGCAGCAGGUCGUAUUUUUACCCCAUUGAGGUCACGUAUCGGAGACCAGAACUUUGAAAAUCAACUUUUAUUGAAACUGAAUAAGUCUUUCCUUCAAAAUCAGCCAUAG